GCGGGCCCGGCUCUUCUUUUUGAGACCACCUUAGACAUGCUCCCACCCCUUAGCUAAAGAAAAAAAUGCUGACUCCACUCCGUUACUUUUCUUUAGCUCUAUAGUUAUCAUUUGGGAAAAGCUUUCCUGCCGUUAAAGGAAUAUUUCAAAUACCAAAGUAUUUUUUUGCAGUGACAACUUUCUAUGAACUCAACUCUCCGCUGCCUCUAAAAAAUUGAAUCCAUCUGGUCUCAGGACUGGAAAGCUAAUCUAACCAUAGCAAUGAUGUUUAUUAAAAUUCAGAUCGCCAUCUUCGUGCUGGGGAGCGUGCCUUUCAUAGCACUUGCUGAAGAAGCAAGCUCAGUUCUCGAAGGAGAAGAAAGCGCAACAAUUGAUUUUAGAGACAGAAAUGACACAGAUUUUGAAGAAUUACCAACCCUGCUGCCAACAAAACUACACAGUGUAACAAAUUUCUUGGAGUUUGGAGAACUGAUGACCACAGAAGGUACAGUCUCAAAUGAAGACAGUGAGAAUUCCACUGAUUACGAAGCUACCACUGAAAAUGAAGGUGGACCAGGUAGAGAACAAGAGACAACUGAGAAAGGUGGUCUGGAAACAAUUGCACUUGCUGGAAUCAUUACUGGAAUCAUACUAGCAGUUGGAAUCCUUGCAGGAAUCAUAAUUGCUGUUGUAAGGAAAAUGUCAGGCAGGUACUCGCCUUAAAAAUGGUUGAAACAAGCGAUCAUGCCGUUUUAUGCCAGUAAAUACAAGUGCUUCUUAUUUUAUAAGCACUAGAGACUAUUCUUGUAUUUGUGUGAGAAGAUGAUCCAUGGAAAGCAUGAAGAACUUCAGGUCUAUGGGGAUCCCACACGACUCUCCAAGUGACUAUUUUUACAGACUUACUGAACAUGGAACACUUCAUAGGAUUUCACUAACCAGGAAUAUAUUAGAGGAAAUGAAAAUUAUGUAGUAGGAAAAAGAAAAAAAACACAGAAGCAAAGAGAUAUACAUCCAAAGUGUGAUUUGCAGGUAACAUAUGCUAGCUUGAUUUUAAACACUGCAGGCAAAGAAUUAUCUUACAUUGUAUUUUACCUAUUUCUCUCUAAAAAAAGAAACCACAUACCCAGAUUCUUUUCUCUUCAGAACACUGAAGGAUAUGGCUAUCUUGACUACUCAGUGAGCUUAAGUGCUUGCAGCACGUUCAUCUACCUAACCUAGAGUUUAGCAAGAUACGAAACUUCUUACUGACAAGAAGGAAUGAGCUUCAGAGAGACUCAAUUAUCUUCACAUUCCAUAAACAAAUUACAUAUCAGAACCUAAGUCUUUCCACUAUCAAUACUGAUUUUCUGCUUUUGAUACUUACGUGCCAAGGUGUGGUAGACCCAGCUGGAACUGACCUACCAACUAAAAGCUUGCUCAUCCCACUGUUACACUAAGAACUUCCUGUCUUCUCUUGUUGCAGAGACGCAUAGGGAUUGAAACACACAUCCUGAAUUAAAGGGUGCUUGGAAUAUACCCACUUUUGAUGGGUCACUAACCAGUUACUUCUGAUGUGUAGAAGCUCUUCAAUUAACAUGCACUUUUCUUUAUAACUGCCUCAUUUUCUAAGUGCAGAGGAGACUUGUUUGAUCACACAUUGUACAACACUAGGUCAGAACAUGUUAAUGAAGUAUGUGUCUCUGGACUCUAUAGCUUUUCAUUAUGGCAUAUUUAACGCAGCACUACAUAAGUGUACAGAGUUCAAAGAAAUGGCUGUGCCAAGUGGCUACAGUGUAUCAUGUUUUCUAAACUUAAGGCACUCGUGUUUGGUAUGAAAUCACUAUAAUUCACAUUGUCAAUGAGUAAUAAACAAGUCAAUUUA